AUCAAUAAGGUGGUUGUUUUUGAAAAAGGUAAGUCUUACCCCUUUAAAGGUCCAUUCCCUCCUAUGUGGAAUCCGUUGGCCUACCUGGACUACAACAACUUAUGGAGGACCAUGGAUGAAAUGGGAAAGGAGAUUCCCAAUGAAGCCCCAUGGAAGGCUCCACACGCAGAAGAAUGGGACAAAAUGACUAUGCAAGAUUUUAUAGAUAAAAUUUGCUGGACAAAUGCUGCCAAGAGUUUUGCAACUCUGUUUGUGAAUGUGGAUGUCACUUCUGAACCCCACGAGGUCUCUGCCCUUUGGUUUUUGUGGUACGUGAAGCAGUGUGGGGGGACAGCAAGGAUAUUCUCAACAACCAACGGAGGGCAGGAGAGGAAGUUUGUUGGGGGCUCUGGCCAGAUCAGUGAGAAAAUAAUGGAGCGCCUGGGAGGCCGGGUGAAGCUGAGGAAGCCAGUUAUCCGCAUCGACCAGUCGGGUGAAAGCGUCAUAGUGGAAACCUUAGAUCAUGAAUUAUAUGAGGGCAAAUAUGUGAUCAGUGCCAUUCCCCCAGCUCUUGGUUUGAAGAUUCAUUUCAACCCACCUUUGCCACCAAUGAGAAACCAGCUCAUCAACCGAAUCCCCAUGGGCUCAGUCAUCAAGUGCAUUGUGUACUAUAAGGAAACUUUCUGGAGAAAGAAGGGGUAUUGUGGUACCAUGAUCAUUGAAGAUGAAGAUGCUCCAAUUGGUUUAACACUUGACGAUACUAAGCCUGAUGGCAGCUUUCCUGCCAUAAUAGGCUUCAUUCUUGCUCGGAAGUGUAGAAGACUGACAGUUCUCACAAAAGAAGAAAGGAAGACGAGGCUGUGUGAGCUCUACGCAAAAGUUCUGGGAUCAGAGGAAGCUUUACAUCCAGUGCAUUAUGAAGAGAAGAACUGGUGUGAAGAGCAGUAUUCUGGGGGCUGCUACACAGCUUACUUCCCACCAGGCAUAAUGACUCAGUAUGGAAGGAUUAUUCGGCAGCCCAUUGGCAGGAUCUAUUUUGCUGGCACAGAGACAGCCACAGAGUGGAGUGGAUACAUGGAGGGGGCUGUACAGGCUGGAGAAAGAGCAGCCAGAGAGAUACUGUUUGCUAUGAGGAAAAUCCCGGACAGUGAAAUUUGGAAGCCAGAACCUGAAUCAAUUGAUGUUCCAGCUUUGCCCAUCACUACAACCUUCUGGGAGAGGAACUUGCCAUCUGUGCCAGGACUGCUAAAGCUGAUUGGAUUUUCCACUUUCUUCACCUCUGUGGCUGCGGCUGGGUUAUUUGCCUACAAAAAAGGACUUCUAGUUCAAAACUGAAAAAGGUGCCAAUGCAAAGUCUCACACUUGAACGGUUUUCUUUUCUUUUUUUUGAGAUUUUUUUUGGCAUGUACUUCCUUGUCACCAAAAUCAGAUCAGGACUGGGGAAGAGGAGAAAACAGUAGAGAGAAGAGGCUGGAGGGGAGGGAUAAUCGAAGGGGAUCCAUAUUGAAACAGAACUCCUUGAAUCCAGGCCUACUUCUAGCUGUAACUCUUUGGUUGUUGAAUUUCUAGGAUACCCUGCCAAGCGUUAUCACCUUGAGGUUUUUAUCCAGAUCUCAGAACAGAAGUGACAAAAU